CUGAGAACCCCGAAGUUCGCAAGAAUCAGCUCCCAGUGCCGGCAUUUCACAACGAGCGUUCAAAUUACCAAAGGAACCCACGUGGAAAGUUUGCUGAGGAUGUACCAAAUUGAAAUUUCCACCCUAUGAAAGUUCCGUGCAAGUCGCCGUUCACGUGCCGAGAACAGUCGCAUCUGGAUAGGUACCUCGGCAGUUCUCUUGCUUUUCUUUUUUUGGCCCUGGUGAAGAGUUACAAACUACUUAUAUAUUUUGAUGCGCAUGCACUGCCCAUGACGGAUUCCCGAGUAGCCCUUACUUUUUCAUCGACUUUCUUACCUUUGCUGGCCUAGAUGUCUGGAAAAGCAGAACUAACCAUAAAUUUUCUUGUCGUUGGUGGCGGGAUUGCAGGUCUUUCCUGUGCGAUAGCAUUGAGACGAGUCGGCCAUCGUGUGGUCGUUCUCGAACAAUACUCCGAUUCAGACAUUUCGAAGAUGUCGCACGGAGGCAUUCGGUUGCCUCCAAAUGUUUCGAAAGUGCUCUUUCAUUGGGGCCUCGAGCGUGCUCUUCGGCAAGUAUCCAUAAACUCAAGUGCUAUGCAGAUCGAGAUUUACGAAACUGGCGAGUUUAUUGGCACCCAUCGUUGGAAAGAAGAGAUUCUGCGAGAGACCGGAGGAGAGUUCCUCUUCCUGCAUCACGCCAGUCUCCGACAAAUUUUGUACGAUGCUGCUAUAGCAGCGGGCGCUGAGGUGCGGGCAGGCACAACAGUUGUCUCUGCAAGCGGCCAUGGCCCCCGCGUGACGUUAUCCACGGGGGAAACACUGCUAGCCGACGUGAUCGUUGGCGCCGAUGGCCGCUCGAGUAUAGUGCAACAAGCAAUCCUCGGUAAGGAUGUUCCUCACGAAGCGCCAUAUCAUUUUCUAUUCUACAAUACUACUAUCCCCGGAGCACUCAUGAGAGCUGAUCCUCAAUUGGCACCCUUCCUCAAACAACCUGAUGACGCUGUGAUUAUCUGGCUAGGAAACAAUCGCUCGGCCAUGGCGUUUCGUAUGGGCGCUAAGGAUGAGUUCGCGCUACAUCUAUGGGUGCCUCCCACGCAAAAAGGGCUAUCCGAUCAUGAUUGCUGGGAAGGAGGCCUUGAUUUAAAGGAGAUGCGGCGGCAGCUAGGAGAAUGCGAACCGAGGCUCCUAAAGAUGAUCAAAUUGGCUGCCACACCUGCCCGUGUACGAGUCAAGAUGGUUCCACCAUUGCAGGAUUGGGUUGAUGAACACGGUCGUAUGGUAAUUAUAGGCGAGGCUGCACAUCCACUUCCAGCAGGAUCCUUGCAGGGCGGUGCAAUGGCUGUAGAAGACGCCGCUGUGUUUGCAAGGCUUUUCUCCCAUCUGCGAGAUAAGGACCAAAUAUCGACAUUCUUGCAUGCUUUUCAAGAUCUUCGGGAAGAUCGCUGUGCCAGUGUUGUGCAUACUGAGCAAUGUAAUCUGUAUUUUCAGAUGAUGCCGGCUGGUCCUCAGCAGGAGCAACGCGAUCGGGAGAUGCGUGCCAAGACUGCUCAAGGGGAAAGCAUUUUCGGUGGUGGCGAAGCUUCCGAACAAUGGGAUCAGCUCAAAGAACUUUUGGCAUACGACGCCGAGGAUCAAGCCGAUGACUGGUGGGUCAAGUGGGGCCUUCUCCGCGAGCGAGCCAAGCAACGAUCAUUAGACAUGGAAGCAGAAAUGAAUAUUACCCGGCUGAGUUGUCUCCGUAUGCGAGCGUGACAUGUACUCUCCCUCUCUUCAUUAUAUUAUGUUUAGUGUAUUCACAUAUAUUCCUUGUUCCUUUCGUUUAAUUGUCGCUCUCUAAACAAGCCAGUCGUUUGGUUAUCUUUUAUUUCUGUAAUCUCUUGCAUAUCUUCAAGAUAUCUAGAUAUAUCACAGUUAAUAUGAACAUUACUAGUAGUAGUAUCGUCGCUGAUGUGCCCUAUGAUACUCAGUCAUUGAACAGAUUAAUAAACAUCUGCUGCCUGAUU